ACCCGUAAACUCCGGGCAGCUGAGACCCAGUUCUCUGGAACAAAGUCACCAAUACUGAUGCACACUAUAUAAACAAAGUAUACGCGACACAAAAUUCUCAAACACCAUUUUUCACAUUUUCUCUCUCCUCCCAACUCUAAACUUAUUGUCGUCUGCUGGCUGAAAUUUUCGCAAAAUGUGGAGAGUGAUGCGAUCUGCGGCGGCGAAUCUCCGCCGUACGCGGCAGUUUUCGGUGGCGGCAACGAUUCCAGGUCCUUGUAUGGUCCACAAGCGCGGUGCUGAUAUUCUUCAUGAUCCUUGGUUUAAUAAGGAUACUGCAUUUCCUUUGACAGAAAGAGAUCGCCUUGGGCUCCGUGGCCUCCUUCCACCCCGUAUUGUAUCAUUUGAACAACAAUAUGCCCGUUUCAUGGAUUCAUAUCGAUCAUUGGAGAGAAAUACGCAGGGGCAGCCAGAGGGUGCUGUAUCUUUGGCAAAAUGGAGGAUUCUGAACAGACUGCAUGACAGGAAUGAAACGUUAUAUUACAGAGUCCUUAUUGAUAAUAUCAAAGACUUCGCUCCUAUUAUAUAUACUCCAACUGUAGGGCUGGUGUGUCAAAAUUAUUCGGGUUUGUUCAGACGUCCACGUGGAAUGUAUUUCAGCGCAAAGGAUAAGGGAGAGAUGAUGUCCAUGAUCUAUAACUGGCCUGCUGAACAUGUUGAUAUGAUAGUUGUCACAGAUGGCAGCCGGAUUUUGGGUUUGGGAGAUCUUGGAGUUCAGGGAAUUGGCAUACCUAUUGGGAAACUUGAUGUAUAUGUUGCUGCUGCAGGAAUGAACCCCCAGCGGGUACUUCCAGUUAUGCUUGAUGUGGGUACUAACAACCAAAAACUUCUUGAAGAUCCUCUCUACCUAGGACUCAGACAACCUAGGCUCGAAGGGGAAGAAUAUCUCUCCAUAGUUGAUGAAUUCGUGGAAGCUGUUCAUACACGUUGGCCCAAGGCUGUUGUUCAGUUCGAGGACUUCCAAAUGAAAUGGGCUUUUGAAACACUGCAAAGAUAUCGGAAAAGGUUUUGCAUGUUCAAUGAUGACAUUCAGGGAACUGCUGGUGUAGCCUUGGCUGGGUUGCUGGGUGCUGUGAGAGCACAAGGCCGUCCAUUGACUGAUUUUAUGAAACAAAAAAUAGUCGUGGUUGGAGCUGGGAGUGCAGGACUUGGUGUCCUUACCAUGGCAGUUCAGGCAGUUUCCAGGAUGGCAGGGGCAAAUGGGAUCCCAUCCAAUCAUCAGUUUUACCUAAUAGAUAAAGAUGGGCUUAUAACGAAAGAGAGAAAGAAUUUAGACCUGUCUGCCGCACCCUUCGCAAAAUAUCCAGAAGAAACCAAGGGGCUUAGGGAGGGAGCUAGUCUUGUUGAAGUGGUUAGGAAGGUCAAGCCAGAUGUGCUACUUGGUUUGUCUGGAGUUGGCGGUAUCUUCAAUGAAGAGGUGCUGAAGGCCAUGCGAGAAUCAGACAGCCCUAGACCUGCUAUUUUUGCCAUGUCAAACCCUACAUUGAAUGCGGAAUGCACUCCUGCUGACGCUUUCAAGUAUGCUGGAGAAAAUAUUGUUUUUGCUGGUGGAAGUCCUUUCGAGAAUGUAGAUCUUGGGAAUGGAAAAGUAGGUCAUGUCAAUCAAGCAAAUAACAUGUACCUGUUUCCCGGGAUUGGGUUGGGAGCUUUGCUUUCCGGUGCUCGCUUAAUUACUGACAGCAUGUUGCAAGCUGCUGCCGAAUGUCUUGCUACCUACAUGUCGGAUGAGGAAAUAAGUAGAGGCGUUUUAUAUCCAUCAAUUGGAAGUAUACGAGAAAUUACAGCAGAAGUUGCAACUGCUGUGUUACAAGCAGCUGUUGCUGAAGACUUAGCUGAAGGCCACGGUGAAGUGGGGCGAAAAGAGCUCAGGUGCAUGUCAAAGGAAGAGACUGCAGAAUAUGUCAAGCGCAAUAUGUGGUUUCCCAUCUACAGCCCUCUUGUGCACGAGAAAUGAGGCCACGACAUUCAGCCCUUUCAUCUGCUACAUCAGUUGGACAGUUUGUGUCUUUCUGGAAACUGUAAAAUUUGUCUCAGAAUACAGUAUUACAGCCAAUUUGAAACAGGAAAAAUAUAGAAACAUAGGAUUGGGGAGUUGUGAAUUUUUUUGCCAGCUUCAUUUGUUUGUAUUGAAACUGUUGAGACUAGGAUCCUCCCUUACAUAGAAUUUUUCUUCAGGGGAGACUCCGUUUUUCCUGGACUAUAAUGAUUUGUAUGCAGAUGCAGUAUACUGAAGUUUCCAUCUUAUUCUUGUUUUGUUUGUCAA